AUGUCACAGAAAAAUAUAAAAACAUAUGAUACCCCGAACAAGCAAGAAAAUACAAAUAGUAGUAUCAAUAGUUCAUCCAAUAGUGAUAAGGAGAUACAAAAAGAUAAAGAAAACUAUAAAAACGGAGAACUCGAUUUUAGUAUUUUAAACCUUGAAGAGGUUAAUAUAAUUGAUUUGUCAAGAGAAGAAUUAUAUAAAGUUUGCGCAGAAUUACAAAAAAGAGAAUUGGAAGCCUUAAAGUUCAUAUAUAUUCUUGAUAGUGAAUUAAGUAUAAAAUAUGAAAAUAAUGAAGACAAACUUACAAUAGUAGAAAUUAAUUUAAAUGAUCAGAAUAUUACUGCUAAUCAUAUAAAUUUCACUUUUGAACUACCAAAAGAUUACCCCCUUGGAUCUAUUUCAAUAAUUAAUGUAACAGUUAAAAAUUUUACUCCUGAUAUGAACAAUUAUAUUAAUGAAGAAGUAUAUAAGUAUCUUCAGAUAUAUAAUGAACAAAAAGAAUGUAUUUUACCUGUUAUAUAUAAAGUGAAUGAAAUCAUUGAAAAUAUAGAAUAUAAAAAGGAACUAGUAGAAAACAAUUCGUCUUCUUCAACUGAAGAAAAAUCAGAUUUAGAUCAAGAUCAAAAUUUAAAAGAAAGGAAUAACAUAAAUAAACAACCAAAAGCAGACCUUGUAUAUUUCCAAGAACUUAAUAAUAAUAUGGGUUUUUCUAAUCAUCCUAAAAUAUUAGCAAGAAGAUUGUGUUAUUCUCACCAUAUUCUUAGCUUAGUUAAAAGAAGUUGUAUUGUCAAGUGGGCCAAACAACUCAACAUAGGUGGCUAUUCAAAAAUAGGAUAUCCAGGUAUUAUAAUAUGUGAAGGACCAAAAGAUGAAGUGGACUUUUAUGUUAACAGUUUACAUAAACUAAAAUGGAAGCAUUUCGAUUGUAGAGGUAUGGAAGAUAUUGAAUUAGAUGAAAAUGAAAAUCUAGAUGAUGCAAGAGUUCUUCCUAAAACAAUACGUGAACUAGAUGCUAAGGGUAUGCGUACCUUAUCUGAUAUAUGCACUCAAUGUGGUUUAAGAGAUUUGUUUUUGACUAGUAUGAAAAUUUACAACAGUAAUGAUAAAAAAAGUACUGUAAAGGAAAAAAACAAAAAUGUUGAAGUAGAGAAACCUGGAAAUACUAAAGAUAUUUUAAAGGAAAAAGGAAAAAAAAAAAAAAAAAGAAGCUCAAAAUGA